UGGUGCGUUUCAUGACUUUUAAAUUCCAAACGGCUGCGUGUGCUCCAGACACUGGAGAGGGAUUUUCAAAUAAAUAGUAAUCUGGUGAUUCUACCGUUCAUACUUCCAGAAAAGGUCUACUUGUUUCAACCCGAGUGUCCAGUGUUGUUCAGGAUGAAUUCUGUGGAUGCCAAAGAGAACUCUGCGGUCAUCCCAGCAGGAAAGCACAGCAUCUUGUCUGAGGACAUAUUUUCCCUGGAUCAGCCCACAGGGAGGCCCUCCAUCCUGCGUCAGAUGGAGAACUUGCCCAGUAAGACCAUGCCAAGGGACUCCAAGGUUUCUUUUCAGACCCCCAGAAGAGAUCCAGUGACUAGAAGGAUUCUUUCCCCCAGCAACUCCGUUGUUAUGCCCAGUGUGGACGAGAACAUGAAAGUGAUCGGCUCUUUCAAUUUGGAGAAAUUGGACGCCUCACCACAUGAACUAACUGAACCUCCAAAACAAGCUCCAUCAUCGUUCCCCGACGACAACAUGCCGAUUCAGAGCAGAGGCGGCUACCAGCUGGAUUUUGAUAACCUAGACGCCAUCAACCCCUUCCAGAGCUCCAAACAGAUGGUGCUGUCUCCCUUCAGGCCUGAUCCCAGUGAGGCCCGGCGGACGCCCACAGAGGAACCGGGAGCCGAAGCCCCGCUGGACGACACGCUGCCCUUCACGCCGUCUGUGGAAAACUCACUGGCAGACAUCUCCACGGAGAGCAGCGUGGUCAUAGUGAACAUGGCGAAGGCGACGGAAGAACAGGACGUCAUCUCUGCUACACCUGAUGAAAAGCAACCUGGUGAAGUGGCUGCAAACACAGGUCAACAGGAAGCAUCGGGCAGUUUCACCGAGGACGGCUCUCUUCCAGCAAAGGGAUCCUACAAGCUGGAUUUUGACAACCUUGACACAAUCAACCCUUUCCAGACCGGAGGCUCUAAAAUCCAGAACUCACCUGUUGGAGUUGGAAGGAAGGUGGCAGAGGACGAUCCACCUGCAGAGGACAGCAAACCCGCUGAAGCUCCUGAUGAGGAGAAAAUCCUUCCUCCACAGGGGCCAAUCAAACUCGAGUUCAACUUCAGCGACGGCGCUGAAGUCAAGCGGAAGCCGCCACCUAAAAAGCUCGGCAAGAGAUCCACCGACGGAAAACGUGAAGUAUUAAAGCCGGCGUCUGAUUGCAAACCAUUCGAAGAGUCCGCUGGGAAAGCCGGACCCAGAGACCCUGCUGUGACCACAGCUUCUUACUCCAACUUUGACAAGUUCGACGAUCCGAACUUCAAUCCAUUCGGCACCAAAACGAACAUCGCCGACUCUCCAAAGAGCAGCGGCGAUCCCAGCGGCGAUCCCAGCGGCGAUCCCAGCGGCGUUCCCAGCGGCGUUCCCAGCGGCGAUCCCAGCGGCGUUCCCAGUGGCGUUCCCAGCCUCGUGCAACAGGAACCGGACCCCGCAGAACAAACAGGGGCUGCAGAGAUGUUGCCUCCUGCUGAGCAUCAUGAAGCCUCGAUGGGGGAUCACGUGGUUCCGUCAGAGAAACACCUGGACGGUGAAAGCAGGAGCCAGAAGCCCCAGAUUCCCUCCGAGCAUCAGAUGCAUCUGGACUCCAAUGAAGAGUUUGUGUCUGGAAGCAUGUUCAUGGCCAACGACUUUGAUGGGCAGAUUGAUUACCUCGAACAGUUUGGCUCCAGUGUUUUUAAGGAGUCCGCACUGAGGAAGCAGUCGUUGUACUUAAAGUUUGAUCCGCUUCUGAGAGAGAGCCCAAAGAAACCUGCAGGUCCUGCUGCUCAGCUGCUCUCUGCUGCCCCUGCUGGCCUUUCUGCACGGUUCAGUGAAGCAGAGAAGGAGUCAGCCGAACGCUCACAGAAAGAUGUUUUCAAACUGGUGGAGGACGCAGCCCCUCCAAUCCUGCAGAGUCUCAUCCCUCCGUUCCCCCAACCUGCAGAGGAAGCCAUUAUCGAGGUUCUGAAGUACAGCCAGAAGGACAUGGAUGCCGCCAUUGCCAGGGUGCAGGCAGAGGCCAAGGAGAAAGAGGAGCAGUGGAACGCCAAGGUUAAAAAGCUGCAAGGCGAUGGUCAAGAAAUGAGAAAAGUAAUGGCAGAGUUCGAGUUACUGAUUGCAAAUAUGAAUGCGAGUCAGGAGAAGGAGAGGGCGGAGGCGCAGAAGAAGCUCAGCCAGGCUCUGGUGGAGAAGGAUCAGGUCUCCGGCGACCUGAACGCCAUGGAGCGGUCGCUGGGCGACAUGUUAAAGAGGCUGGAGAAGUACAAGGACGUGGUGGAGGGCUACAAAAAGAAUGAAGAGACGCUGAAAUCCUGCGCGCAGGAUUAUUUGGAAAGGAUAAAAAAGGGCGACCAGCGGUACCAGACACUGAAGGCUCACGCCGAGGAGAAGAUCAACCUCGCAAAUGAGGAAAUUGCUGAGGUCCGAUCGAAAUAUAAGGCAGAGCUUUCGGGUCUGCAGGCCCAGCUGCGGCGGGAGCAGCUGAAGACUCAGUCGCUGGAGAAAAGCCUUGAUCAGAAAGAAAAAGAAGUGGAGGAGCUCACCAAGCUCUGCGACGAGCUAAUAUCCAAAGUGCAGAAAGGUUGAGCUAAACUCUAAAUACUUUUUGUUUCUGCUUCACUUUUGUUUGUUCUUUUUUUGUGUUUUAAUAGAUUGUAUAAUAAAGAGAAUUUACAAAUUUCAA